AUGUACAGCUUCACCAAUCUGCUAACAGGGGCUUGCCUCCUGCCAGCAGCCUACGGUGCUUUCUCAACAUCCGUUAAGCCUUCUCGCUCGAGCUCAACGGCGUCUUCGACUUCACCAGCAUACUCUCAAUUCACACUUGACGCUAGCGCAGAUACCGGCGCCCAGUUGAUUGCCAACAUUGAUGACCCCGAAGCCAUCGAUGCCCAGAAGGCUUGUCCGGGAUACAAAGCGUCAAAUGUGAAGGAGUCGGCUCGUGGAUUGACCGCUACUCUGACGCUGGCCGGUGAAGCGUGCAAUGCCUAUGGAACUGAUGUGGAGUCUCUGGACCUUUCUAUUGACUAUCUCGCCAACGACCGUCUAAACGUUCAGAUCAUUCCCACAUACAUUGAUUCUUCCAACGCUUCUUGGUUUCUCUUGGACGAAAACACCGUCCCCCGUGCUAGUGCUGCGAAGUCUGCAUCAAAGGAGGACAGUGAUCUUGAAGUCACUUGGGCCAAUGAGCCUUCUUUCCACUUCAAGGUGACUCGCAAGGCGACUGGCGAUGCUAUUUUCGAUACCACCGGCUCGACUUUGGUGUAUGAAAAUCAAUUUAUUGAAUUCGUGACUGCCUUGCCCAAGGACUACAACCUGUACGGUAUUGGAGAGCACAUCCAACAGUUCCGCCUCUUGGACAAUCUGAACUUGACACUAUAUGCGUCGGACAGCGCAGACCCCAUUGACCAACAAAUUUGGUUCUUCAAUGCUUACCAUCUGCCCAGAAAUAUCUACGGGUCUCAUCCUUUCUACCUGGACACCCGAUACUACGAAGUCAAUGAGCAGGGUGAACAUACACUUGUUGCCAGCGACAAAGCAGACCAAUCCAAGGACUAUGUUUCCUACUCGCAUGGCGUUUUCUCCCGAAACGCACAUGGCCAAGAUAUAUUGACCAAGCCCGAGUCCCUAAAGUGGCGCACUCUGGGUGGUAGCAUUGAUCUUACGUUCUACUCCGGUCCCAGUCAGGCGGAUGUCACCAAGAACUACCAAUUGAGUACGAUCGGCUUGCCUGCAUUGCAGCAGUACUUCACUCUUGGAUUCCACCAGUGCCGCUGGGGUUAUAACAACUGGACUGAACUCGAAAGCGUUGUAUCCAACUUUGAGAAGUUUGGAAUUCCACUCGAGACAAUUUGGAACGAUAUCGACUAUAUGCAUGGUUAUCGGGACUUUGAGAACGACAACAACCGCUACCCGUACAGCGAGGGCGAAGAAUUCCUGGAAAAGCUGCACGCGAGCGGUCGUCAUUACGUUCCCAUCGUCGAUUCUGCUCUGUAUAUUCCCAACCCCAACAACGCGUCGGAUGCCUAUGAUACUUACACUCGAGGACACAAGGACGAUGUCUUCAUUAAGAAUCCCGAUGGAAGCGAGUAUAUUGGAGCCGUUUGGCCUGGCUACACGGUCUUCCCUGACUGGCACAACCCCAAGACCAACGAAUUCUGGGCCGACGAGAUUGUGGCAUACCACAAAAAGAUAGCUAUUGAUGGUAUCUGGAUUGACAUGAGUGAAGUCUCCUCGUUCUGUGUCGGAAGCUGCGGCUCUGGCAACCUGAGCUUGAACCCAUCCCACGGGCCUUUCGCCUUGCCUGGGGAGCCCACUAAUGUGAUCUACGAUUACCCCGAAGGAUUUGAGUUGACCAACAAGACCGAAGCUGAAGCUGCCGCAUCGGCUUCAUCUAGCCAAGCUGCUGCUAUUGCCACUGGCUCAUCUUCCGCUUCCUACCUGCGCACUACACCCACUCCUGGGGUGCGUAAUGUGAACUACCCUCCCUACGUUAUCAACAACGAUCAGGAGGGUCAUGAUCUCAACUCGCAUGCGGUAGCCACGAAUGCCACUCAUUUCGAUGGUGUCCAGGAAUACGACGUUCACAACCUCUUCGGCCAUGGAAUUCUUAACGCCACUUACCAUGGUCUGUUGAAGGUCGACGAAAACAAGCGUCCUUUCAUUAUCGGCCGCUCAACCUUUGCUGGCUCUGGCAAAUGGGCCGGUCACUGGGGUGGUGACAACUAUUCGAAGUGGGCUUACAUGUUCUUCUCCAUCCCACAAGCCCUGUCGUUCUCUCUAUUCGGUAUCCCCAUGUUCGGAGUCGAUACCUGCGGCUUCAAUGGAAACUCUGAUGAAGAGCUCUGCAACCGUUGGAUGCAGCUUUCUGCUUUCUUCCCCUUCUACCGAAACCACAACACUCUCUCCUCCAUCCCGCAGGAGCCUUACGUCUGGAGCUCAGUCAUUGACUCUACCAAGACGGCCAUGAACAUCCGAUACGCCAUUCUUCCCUACUUCUACACUCUCUUCCACGAAGCCCACACCACUGGUUCAACCGUUAUGCGUGCCCUGGCCUGGGAAUUCCCCAACGACCCCUCUCUCGCCUCCGUAGAUACCCAGUUCCUACUUGGUCCCUCCAUCAUGGUUGUUCCCGUGCUUGCACCCCAAGUUGACACCGUCCAGGGUGUCUUCCCAGGUCUCAAGAACGGUGAAGUUUGGUACGACUGGUACACCCAGACGGCAGUGGAUGCUAAGCCUGGUGUUAACACCACCCUCCCCGCUCCUCUGGGUCACAUCCCUGUCUUUGUGCGCGGUGGCAGCGUCCUCCCCAUGCAAGAGCCCAAGCUCACUACCAAGGAGUCUCGCAGUAGUCCGUGGUCCCUGCUUACGGCACUCAGCGGUAAUGGCACAGCUUCCGGCUCCGUCCAUCUCGAUGACGGCGAGAGCAAUGUUCCCGAGAAGAGUCUUGAUGUCGUUUUCAGUGCUGAGGCGUCUACCCUGAGCGCCAAGGCAGAUGGUGAUUGGAAAGAGUUCAACUCUCUUGCUAGCGUCACUGUUCUGGGUGUCGCAAAGGAGCCUAGUGCCGUCCAGUUCAACGGCGGGGCCAUUCCUGCAUCAUCUGUGCAGUACAAUGCUACUUCGCACGUUUUGGCUGUUAGCGGCUUGGAUAAGCUGACUGAAUUUGGUGCUUUCACCGAGGAUUGGACUUUGAAGUGGUGA